UUGGAUUGACAGAAGAAGGCAAAGAUCCAGGUCCAUGGUCUUUCCAGCGCCUGCAGUGUGUUUUUGUAACCCUGGUGAUUGAGCUGGAGAGGAGGGCGGGUUCAGGAUGCUGAGGCGGCCUCUCAUUGGCUGCUCUGUGUGGUGAGGAGUGGGACGGGAGCGCGCGGCCAGCUGUGAGGGGAGCAGAGAAAACAACCGGGAGAGUACUAAAGGGACGAAGAAGCACUGCCUCACAUCUCAUCUCCUCCAACAGGUUGGAAACCUCACAGUGUGUGUCUAGGAAAGGGUGUAAGCCUACAGCUUCAUUUGUCAAAAUCACUUUUUAUUCCCUCCCUCGUCCUGCAUCAUGCUGCGCCUAGUUGCCAUCCGCUGUCUCUUGUCCACCUUGCUGUGCAUGUGGGCACUGUGCGCCCAGUCAGACUCUAGCCCCCCUGUACAAAUUCAGCUACGUCUAGCCGGGGAGAAGAGGAAACACUACGAGGGCCGGGUGGAAGUUUUCUACAAUGGGGAGUGGGGGACGGUGUGCGAUGAUGACUUCUCCAUCUCCGCUGCCCAAGUAGUGUGCAGAGAGCUUGGCUUUGAGGAUGCUGUGUCCUGGUCGCCCUCAGCCAAGUACGGAAGAGGAGAAGGUCAUAUCUGGCUGGACAACGUGCACUGCACUGGUGGAGAGAAGAGCCUGGCUCAGUGUCAGUCCAAUGGCUUUGGAGUGUCUGACUGCAAACAUUCAGAAGAUGUCGGAGUGACAUGUACCCAGAAGCGCAUUUCAGGCUUUAAAUUCAUCCGGAACCAGGCCAGCAGCGAGGAGGGUGUGACGGUGCAGGUGGAGGAUGUGAGGAUCAGGGCCACUUACUCUCACAGGAAAAGGAUUCCCAUCACUGACGGCUUUUUGGAGGUGAAAGAUGGAGGCAAGUGGAGACAGAUAUGUAACGAGGGGUGGACGGAGAAGAACAGCAGGGUCAUCUGUGGCAUGUACGGCUUCCCCGGGGAGAAACGCUUGAAUACCCGACCUUACAAAUUACUAGCCAAGCGUCGUAAGAAGAACUUCUGGGGAUUCUCUGUCAACUGCACAGGCAACGAGGCUGACCUGUCAGAUUGUAAGCUGGGCCGAGAGAUAGAGCUGAAGGGCAACCGCACCUGUGAGCAUGGCAUGCCUGUAGUGGUCAGCUGUGUGCCCGGACGUGCCUUUGCUCCCAGCGUCAGCGCCGGCUUCAGUAAGGCCUACAGGGUGGAGCAACCCUUAGUGCGUCUAAGAGGCGGAGCUAUGAUUGGCGAGGGGCGAGUGGAGGUUUUGAAGAAUGGGGAGUGGGGGACAGUGUGUGACGACAACUGGAACAUUCGAGCUGCCACUGUGGUGUGUCGAGAGCUGGGGUUCGGUAGCGCCAAAGAGGCCUUGACUGGCGCCCGACUGGGACAAGGGAUGGGGCCGGUCCACAUGAACGAGGUGGAGUGCUCUGGGUUUGAAAAGUCACUGACUGAGUGCUACUUCAACCGUGACACUCUGGGCUGCAGCCAUGAGGAAGAUGUGGCAGUCAGGUGUAACGUUCCUGCUAUGGGCUUCCACAAUAGACUUCGGUUAAAUGGUGGCCGUAAUCCCUAUGAGGGCCGUGUGGAGGUCCUGACAGAGAGGAACGGCUCUAUGGUGUGGGGCACAGUGUGCAGUGACAGCUGGGGGACCAUGGAGGCCAUGGUAGUGUGCAGACAGCUUGGCCUGGGCUUUGCCAGCCACGCAUUCCAGGAAACUUGGUACUGGCAAGGAGAUUCCUCAGCUGAUGCGGUCGUGAUGAGUGGAGUGAGAUGUUCAGGAACUGAGCUAACUCUGGAUCAGUGUCUACAUCACGGGAAACACACUCACUGUCCCAAAGGAGGUGGACGCUUUGCUGCGGGGGUCUCUUGUACUCAGACGGCCCCAGACCUGGUCCUCAAUGCCCAGGUUGUGGAGCAGACCACCUACCUGGAGGACAGACCCAUGUACGCUCUGCAGUGUGCCCACGAGGAGCACUGUCUGUCCAGCACUGCUGACAAAGCCGACUCCAGCUCCUACCGCCGCCUUCUCCGCUUCUCCUCCCAGAUCCACAACAACGGCCAGUCAGACUUCAGGCCUCGGGCGGCACACCACUCCUGGAUUUGGCAUGAGUGUCACAGACAUUACCACAGUAUGGAGGUUUUUACCCACUACGACUUGCUGAGUCUAAACGGCACUAAAGUGGCAGAGGGACACAAAGCCAGCUUCUGUCUGGAGGACACUCAUUGUGACGAGGGUAUCCAGAAAAGGUAUGAAUGUGCAAACUUUGGGGCACAAGGCAUCACAGUUGGCUGCUGGGAUACCUACAGGCACGACAUUGACUGUCAGUGGAUUGACAUCACAGACGUGAAGCCCGGCGACUACAUCUUUCAGGUUAUGAUAAACCCUAACUAUGAGGUUGCAGAAUCAGAUUACACCAACAACAUUAUGAAGUGCCGCUCCCGGUAUGAUGGACAUCGGAUAUGGACAUACAACUGUCAUAUAGGUGGCUCACUGAGUUCAGAAACUGAGGAAACGUUCCCUGGAUUGAUGACCAACCAGCUUUCACACAGGUAGACCAAAGAUGGACAACGCAGACAGACUGACAUUAGGGAAGUGUAUGUUAAUAUUUGACAACCACUAGAGGGGGCUGUACUGUUUUGCUUCCUUGGAGCAGUACUGGAUUGUUGUUGGGCUUAGGGCUCAACUGUACAAUGGACAAUGAUUCAAUGGGAAAAUGAACUGCUUGCUUACUAAAUCUAUUAACCACAUUCAGCUGUGUGUGUGUUCUUAUCUCUUAGUGUCUUAGUGCCUUUGUUGUCAGUGAAAUAAAAGUUUUGACCUGGUGCUUAUUGGGAGAGAUGUUGGAGGGUUGCAGCCAAAUAACUUAUUCAGUUAAAUGUGCCAACAGUUGUCUUCUAAGCCAAAGUUUCAAGACUUUGGGAAAAGCCUCAAACAAAAAACCAUUAGAUGAGACCUUCACCUUUACGUUGCGUUUGCUUGGAAUGGAGGAAAAUAGUCUACUGUUAAAUCUGGUGCUACAACUGAAUCUUGCACUGUAUGUAUUGGGGGGGGGGAUUACCACAGUAUUAGAUACUUAAAGGCUUUAACUAGAAACUGAAAACAAAUACAGUACAUUAUUAUAAUUACUGUAGAGCAACAUGCCACAAUCUAUGGCAACUGGCAAUAACUGUUUUUAUAAAGACUGCAUUUAACUUUCUACAAAGGAUGACAACUUGUGACCAAAACUGUAAUAUAGGGUACCAAAAAUGUAUUUGUACAUUGUCUGUCAGGGCCCCUCCAGUGCUAAAUACAGUAGAUUCAUCUAUGACAACAGUUGCUUGGAUUUGUUUCCUAGUGAGAUUUGUUUCCUAGUGAGAUUUUCAGUCACAAAUUGUCAGCAUUAAACUGAGUGGGAAUGUAUUUUUUUCUUCUUCCAGGAUUUUGUAUUCCACAUACUUGAGUUCACUUUUGAAAAUGUUUUAUUUAUUGAUUUUUUUCUUGGUUGCUACAGUAGACACGCAUUUUCAUCUUCAUGAUCUGUGCAUCCCCUCAGUUUCUUUCUCAAUGUCUGAGUUUUGUUAGAUUAUUACGGUCAGGGACUAUGAUAUGCUAUGGAUGUACUGUAAAAGCCACAAAUUUAUAUGAAAAUGCCGCUUCAUUGUUUUGUAAAUUAGUUUUUUUAAAUGUCCCAAAUUCAAGGAUCCUUCAUUUUAAAAGGGUACUUUGACUGUUUUUAUUUUGUAUGCAUGGAUGAAUGCAUUACAUUUCUGAAAUAAAAAAAAUGGUCAAAGCAGA